CAAGAUGUUGAAAAUUUUAUUACAAGAAAUACAUGUGGAAGACGCAUGAAAAAUGUUAUUACUAAUAUGGUUUCCCAGCAAAAACAACAAAUACAAAAACGUCAACAGCAAACUGUUGAAACUCAACAAUCAAAGGUCAACGAAAAGUAA